UUAAGUACUGGACAAAAUCCACCAACCUCAAUCAUGGCAUGCUGAAUAUAGCUGAUGAUAGAUACUGCAGUACAUUGUUGUCGUGCUGUUCCAGUGUUUGCAGUGGUUUCUGUUGUCACAAACAUGAAACUCAAUUUGAUUCUAACCGUUUUACUGGUCGUAUCAGUAACUGCCACAGCUGAUUAUGUUCGACCUCAGCGACGUAAAGCCUUACAUCUUCCAUGGGAUUCAAAAUCAAAGCCUUCCUCUUACCCUCAACAGGUACACAUUUCUUUGGCAGGAGACAAGCACAUGAGAGUUUCUUGGAUUACUGAUGAUAAAUUUGCACCUUCAGUUGUAGAAUAUGGAACAAUGCCAGGGAAAUAUGAAUCUCUAGCUGAAGGAGAAAGCACAUCUUAUAAAUAUAUUUUCUAUAGAUCAGGAAAAAUGCACCAUACUGUAAUUGGACCUUUAGAGGAUAACUCUGUGUACUUUUACCGAUGCGGUGGACAAGGACCUGAGUUCCAGCUCAAAACUCCUCCGGCUCAAUUUCCAAUUACUUUUGCGGUGGCCGGCGAUCUAGGUCAAACUGGUUGGACUGAAUCAACAUUAAAUCAUAUUGACCGAUGCACAUAUGAUGUUCAGCUGCUCCCUGGGGACCUUUCAUAUGCUGAUUAUAUGCAACAUCUCUGGGACUCAUUUGGUAGGCUUGUGCAGCCGCUUGCUAGUGCAAAACCAUGGAUGGUAACACAAGGGAACCAUGAAGUGGAGAACAUACCCUUGUUAAAGGAUGGUUUUAUAGCCUAUAACUCAAGAUGGAAAAUGCCAUUUGAGGAAAGCGGAUCAAGUUCAAAUCUCUAUUAUUCUUUUGAAGUUGCUGGUGUUCACAUUAUCAUGCUUGGCUCCUAUGCAGAUUAUGAUCAGUACUCAGACCAAUAUAGAUGGCUAAAGGGUGAUCUGUUAAAGGUGGACAGGAAAAGAACACCUUGGUUGGUUGUGCUAUUUCAUGUCCCAUGGUAUAACAGUAACACAGCCCAUCAAGGCGAAGGUGGUGAUAUGAUGAAAGCUAUGGAGCCAUUGCUUUAUGCUGCUAGCGUUGAUUUAGUUCUCGCUGGUCAUGUGCAUGCUUAUGAACGCUCUAAACGUGUAUAUAAUGGAAGAUUAGAUCCAUGUGGUGCUGUCCAUAUAACCAUUGGUGAUGGAGGGAACAGAGAAGGCUUAGCUUCUAAGUAUAUAAAUCCACCGCCAAAGUGGUCAGAAUUCCGCGAAGCCAGCUUCGGUCACGGUGAGUUGAAGAUUGUAAACUCCACGCACGCCUUCUGGAGUUGGCACAGGAAUGACGACGAUGAGCCUGUAAAAUCUGAUGAUAUUUGGAUAACCUCUAUGGUCACUUCAGGAUGUGUUGAUCAGAAGAGAAAUGAACUUGGGCAUACACUUAAGACACCCUAAAACCCUUCUUCUGUCUUUGCUCAACUUAACAAGUGUUUGCUUGUUUAUGCAAAUCAUGAAACAAUUCCUCACAUCAGAAUAUAGCAGUAUAGCAGCUUUAGUAGGUAUUUCUAUGUACGGCUGUACCUUUAUUCACUUAGUCUCUAAGUAUAUGCCUGAUUGUCUCUUGUUGUAUUAGUAAUAUAUAGAUGGUAUCGCUUACAUUGUCUAAUAUGAAUAGAAAAGGCUAAAAAGUGGUCACUUGUGUAAUACUUAUCACAAAAACCUUUAUUGAUAUUAUGGUUUCCUA